AUGCCAAUCUACACCAUCCUCGGCGGCACAGGCUCAACAGGAAGUGCCGUCAUCCGAGCCCUUCUCGCCUUCCCUCAACCAGACCUCUCCAUCCGCAUCUUUGUCCGCUCAAAAUCAAAACUCCUGAACCUCCUUCCAGAACUCACUACACAUCUAAAUACAACAAUCAUAGAAGGAUCACUUAACUCACAAUCUGACCUCUCAAAAUGCCUAAGCGGAUCCGACGCAAUCUUCUCCUGCAUCGCAACGAACGACAGCGCACCAGAAACAACAAUAGCUGUAGAUACCGCAGCAUCCAUUAUCUCGGCCCUGAGGCUAUUAAGAAGCACCUCAGGAGAGACCUUUAAAUCACCUCUCGUUCUCGUCCUGACAUCAGCAAGUGUAAACGACUCGCUUCAGGACAAACCUCCUCAACCUCUCAAAGCACUCUUAGAAAGAGCGCUCUGGUAUCUCUAUGAAGAUUUGCGAAAAGCGCAGUCAUUGUAUCUAUCUCUUCGCGAGGACGAUCCUGGUCUGCUGGAUGCUAUCUUUGUGCAGCCUCCUGCUAUUAUGCCGGGGACGGUGCCGACGGGACAUGAGAUUAGUACGGUGAGGGGAGGUAGUGUGGUGAGUUUUGCGGAUGUAGGGGCGGGUAUGGUGGAGAUGGCGGGGAAGAGGGGGGAGUUGAAGUGGAAGGGUGUAAGUGUUUUGGCUACGGGGAAGGUGGUUAGUGAUUGGGGUCCAAAUAUUAGAGCUUUGUUGCCGGGGAUGGUUGCGUAUUGUUCGCCAAUGAUCUGGAGGUUGGGGAGAAGUUGGGGACUGUGGUGA